AUGAGACAGGAGUUGCCGCCUCGCCGGGGCGCUGCCCUCCAGCUGCGUGACGAGCUGGCCGUCGUCGAAACGGUCUUGGUGCUGCUCAAGUGGGUUGCCGAAGCCUGCCAGAGCCUGGGGAAAUACCUAGAGAAUAUGCACCGCAAGGUAGUCUUCCUUACUACCCGAUUCGAGACCCUCUUGUCCCUCGUGGAGCAGCUUCAUAGCACCUUGGAAGUCGCCGUCAUGAACACGGAACAGGACCAGGAACCGGAUGGUCACGAGUAA